AAAAAGAUAAAAAAAAGAGACCUCGUGAAAUUACAAGUGAGAAGACUAUAAAGUUUAUUCGCAGUGUUUUUCUUUGUUAUUAUAUCCAUAAUGGCUGACAGUAUUUUGUUUUACAGUUGAAACAAAAAAAGUGAUGAGACACGAACUUGAGGGGAAAUUUUUUGAAAAAUCUGAAAAAAAAAGUUUUGGGCAAAAGAAAAAGAAGAAAAUAUUCUAAUCGACAGUGUUGAGCGCUGUUAUACGAGUCGAUUUUGUUGUAUACGUUUUAUAAAAGGAGAGGUUGGGAGAGCAGCUGGCUUGUGUCUAUCGAAGAGGUAACAAGGCAAAAAUUUUUCAGGACACCUGCGUUUAUAAUCCGGAUGUACUAACAACAACAACAACAACAUUAAUUAUAAAAGGAAAAACUCCAUCUUCGACCUUUAUCCUCUUUUGCGGUUUUCAUUAAAAAAACAAUUGUAAAUGAACAAGAAGAAGCAUUUCGAAUUUAAAGGUAGAAAGGAUAAAGUGAACGAAAUGGUAGAUCCAGUGGAGGAGGCCAAUGAAAAAUACGACGAAUUUGAUAUAAUAAAGAUGCCGAUUGCGAGAACUUUGAGUAAAAGUCCAUUGAGUGACGAGGGAAUCGAGACGGAUUCGGAAAGGAAGCGCUCUGUUAUGGGCCGAUGUUGGAGUUUUGAUUCAACAGUUCCGAGCGAUGAGGAUCUUUCGCAAAGCGAUCAGCAGAAUAGAAAACAAAAACUGCAAGUUACGAGAUGUUGCAGUUCUGACAGCGCAGUUCUCAGUGAUGACGAUCAAUUGAAAGGCUGGGCGAAUACAAUAUUAACGGACAAUGCUGAUUAUGAGGCGAAUGAAGGAAGACCAAGAUAUUGGCGAACACCAAGUGUUGUUGUUAGUGACUAUUCGGAUUAUUCAUUUAUUGACGAGAGAUUUGAGAGGAGUGAUCCUGAUUUGGAAAAAUUCGGUGGACUCAGUGGAACUCCAAGUCAAGCGAGCAGUUGUUCAUGUCUCGAUUGCGAUGAAAUUCGUGAAUUUCAAGAAGACAAUCAUCUCCUUAAAGUUUGUCGCGAUCGUCGUCAUUCGGAUUCCUGUUGUCUUUGCAUCAGUCCCACGGCAAUUUCAUCAACGAGAAAUCUUCACGAGAAUGGAACGAGGAGAAAUUCCUGUUUGGGUUCGUCAAAUCCGUAUUUUACAAAGUUACAAGAGGAGGAAAAUCAGAAUUAUUCCAUUUCUGCGGAGCAGGAGAAGGAUUCUAUUUUAUUGAAUAUACCACCGGUGAGAAAAAUAUCGGAUUGUUCGACAAAUUCGAGUUUAAGUGGAGAUGAAUUCGAGGUUACUGAACUUCAACCAGUAAAACCUUCCAAGACUUCCGGAUGGAGAAAACUCAGAAAUAUUGUUCACUGGACGCCAUUCUUUCAGACUUACAGAAAACAAAAAUAUCCUUGGGUUCAAUUAACAGGUCAUCAGGGGAAUUUUAAAGCUGGACCAACUCCGGGAACUAUUUUAAAGAAACUGUGUCCCCAAGAGGAGGCGUGCUUUCGUUUAUUAAUGCACGACAUUUUAAGGCCUUAUGUACCUGAAUUUAAAGGAGUUCUGGAUGUUCGAGAGGCGGAAGAAAGAAGUCAACAAGAAGUUGAUUCAAUGAUGACGAGGGAAGGUGAAAGUGAAGCAGAUAAAAGAACAGUUAUCUCUUCGUACCUUCAACUUCAAGAUCUUUUGGGCGAUUUUGAAGAACCUUGCGUUAUGGAUUGCAAAGUUGGUGUACGAACCUAUUUGGAAUCUGAACUCGCUAAAGCCAAAGAACGACCCAAGUUGAGAAAGGACAUGUACGAGAAAAUGGUACAGGUUGAUCCAACGGCACCGAGUGCCGAAGAGCGAAGACUUCAGGGAGUUACGAAGCCUCGUUACAUGGUUUGGCGAGAAACAAUUUCAAGUACCGCGACCCUCGGUUUUCGAGUUGAAGGAAUCAAAUUAGCUCGCGGCGGUUCAACAAAAGACUUCAAGACGACGCGAACACGAGAGCAGGUGACCGAAACGAUAAAGCGAUUCGUGAACGGUUAUCCACAUGCAGUUCAAAAGUACCUUCAAAGAUUGAAAGCAAUUCGAGCGACACUGAAAGCGUCGCCAUUUUUUGCCUCCCACGAAGUUGUCGGCUCGAGUCUUCUCUUCGUUCACGAUACGCGUAAUGCCGGAAUUUGGAUGAUUGACUUCGCCAAAACAUUACCAUUGCCGCAAAAUUUAUUGCGAAUUCAUCACGACGCCGAAUGGCAAGUGGGCAAUCACGAGGACGGCUAUUUAAUUGGAAUUAAUAAUUUAAUUGAUAUUUUCGAAGAUAUCAAAAAUUCCGAGACGUAAAGAAAACAAACAUAUUUUUUGUUUUUCUUUGAAUAAAAAAAAACAAUUUUCAUUUUUUUCAAAGAAAAUGAAAAAGAGUAUUCAACUAGUGAAAAUUUUGUGAAUUAUAAAUCAAACGUGGACUUUUUUAAAAGUGAGUGAUACAACACUGUGUUCAAGAUUUAUAAACUUCAUAAUUAACGAUAGAUCAAAAUUGACUUUUUCUAUUUAAGAAAAAGAAAUACUAAAAAAUCGUUCGAAGAACGAACAGAAUUUUUUUUGUAGAACAAAAAAAUGUUAAUUUUCAUUUCUCGUAAUUUAUAAAAUAAAUUACGAGAAUCACCAGACCAAAGACGCGGUGGCAUUUUCCAUGUCGCCUAGAAACUGAAAAUUUUGUACAUUUUUUAGAAAAAAAAGAAAAGAAAAAAAGAAGAGCGUUAGACUGUAAUAUUAAUAGUUAAUUUAAUUUAAAGUUCGACGUAUACAUUAAGUUUUUAUUUAUAUUGCGAAUAAUUAUGAAAACAGUUUUUUUUUGCAAGAUCUUCCGUAUUUUGUAAUCACAACUGUAAAAUCAUACAUUUGUAAAUUACAUCACCUCACACUUUGUAUUCACUUUUUGAUCACAAUCGCGUAAUAAAAAAAAACAUUUCAAUUA